AUGCCAAAGAUUCGUCUACUCGUCCAGCAGAUGCUGGAGCAAAUCCGAUCACUUUAUGAGCUGUCUGCUUUACUACGGCGCCCCAAGAUUUCAGACAAAUAUAUUCGCUCCGUUAACUCAAAUUCAAAAGGGGCCACUCUAAAUGACCAGGACAGCUUACCACUGGAUGUCUCGUUCAGCCACUACGACGAGGGCCAUAUAGUCGAGAAGGUGCUACAAUGGCGCGGCUUGGCCAAGAGCGGGCGUUGUGUCGAAUUCGAGGACGAGGACGUUGCUCCAAUGGGACAGACAUUGACAGACGAUGGUGUCGAAGACAUUUUGUGGUUCUGCCAGCGGCUUUCUGGAGCGAACACAAGACGUCGAGAGCAGCUUCAAUAUUGGACUGAUCAUCCGUAUGAUCCCAAGCAGGACACAUCCAACGUGGCCCCGCUUGAAACACAAUUUCAGGUGCCAGUGCCAGUCCACGGCAAACAAGUGGAAGAAAAGGAACCACUAAGCCAACCAGCCAUAUUGAACCCACCAAACCUCGAUGUCUCGCGAAAAGGGCCGAAGUCAGUCAUGUCGAAACAAAGUUUCUCUACAGCUGCUGUCUCAGACAUUCACGAUACAAAGACCAAUGUUCGGCCGCGGACAGUCUACGCGCCCACAGCCAUUGGCCAAGGGCGGUCCAAUUCUGUCCCACAUCCCCCAAAGGCGGAAGAUGGAAAGCUGACUUUUCCAUGUCCGUACUGUGGGAUGACACUCGAGUCUAGCGAGAUGCAGAACAGGGCGACUUGGAAGCGCCAUGUUUUCCGCGAUCUCCGCCCCUACGUCUGCACAUUCGAAGAUUGUGCAAAUGCCGGAAAGCUGUAUGUCAGCCGGCACGACUGGAUAUAUCACGAACUUCAGAUUCACCGGCGCAAGUAUGUUUGCAAAGAGUGCGAUAAGAGAUGCCCCAGCAGGAAGGAAAUGUCAACACAUCUUCGAGAACACUUUGGGGAAUCUAUUUCGCCAGCCCAGCUGGUCCUCAUUCUAGAUCUCUGCGAUCAUCAGAUCGACGUAUCAGGCGCCAACGAGAAAGACACAUGUCUCGUCUGUGGUGAGGAACUCCAAUUGUCGACAUUGCAGGGGCAUCUUGCUGCUCACAUGGAGGACAUCGCCCUUUUCAUCUUGCCCAGUGCCUAUGAGGAGGAAGAAACAGGAGGUUCGAGAGCCUCAGUGCAGGUGGCGAAACUUGAGUCUAAAGGCACAAGUAGCGGUACCGAUUCAGAGGCAAGCAGUCUCGCCUUUUCUACAGCUGGAGACUAUGGGCAGACUCCGGCCGAUUUCUCUAAGCUCCUCACUAGCGAGGAAGCGGGGUAUACCUCAAAGUUUUCGUCUUGGAGAACAACGGAUGAAGAUCAAGAAUUGGAAUCGAUCAAAGCCAUGGUGACACGGUUAGAAGACCCAGAUCGAGACGUGAGGCAUGCUGCCGUUCAAGCUUUAAGCGAUCAAACGACCUUACCAGACGAGAUAUUCAACACUAGACUGGACUAUCUGAACAGUCUAAUUCACCUUCUUGGUGAAAAGCAGGACUACAAGAAGUUGGUCUUGCUUCUGGGCGGUCUCUGGGACCGUCGUAAUCAGAUGAUCAACUGGUCGCCCGCUAAGACGCUUCAGCUGGGCCGCCGCUACGUCCUGGCCCGCUAUCUGGUGGGUGAAAUUCACAAGGCCGUGCGCCUGGCCGAGGACAUUUUGUAUAAAUGUAGCAUUGUGAACGGUGUUCUCCACUGGAGCAACCUGGAGAUAUCGACUCUUGUGUCGCAGCUGUACACCGGUGUUGGUACGCACUACCAGUCCGCGAAGAACGGCCAGCCGUUGGCGAGCAGGUACUACAAGAAGAGCGCAGCCUUGCACGAGAGACUGCUGUUCCUCUUCGCCAACCCGUCCUGGGCCGAAGAAGAGAACGAUUUCAACAGCGGUAAAAGCACAGAUGACUUAGACAUUGACCUAGAUUUGACCGACACGACCAAUGGUGCCUCCGUCUCUGACGGCGAGCAUGUCCGCCAGCACCUGUUCCUGCUCAAGCUUGCUCUUCAGCGCCUCGGUGACUGGCCUAAGGAUUACAGUGAAUAUGAGCGGCUGAACGCCGAUUUGUUCCUACGGUUCGGAAACGAGUUGAAGGAUUUUGAGGGUGUUGAUAAAUGGAAUUUGAAGGAGUUUGGCGGGGGCAAGGCGUCCAGCAACGAGGAUAUGCUGGAACUGGGGUUCAAGUCUUGGGUUUUUGAUUUCAGCAUGGUUGGAAAGGACGUUAAGGAAGAGCUGUAUAGAGUUCCCGUCCGGAACGUAUAG